CAUCACAAAUUUUCCAAAACAUCCUCAUCAGGAAAAUUCUGACUGGAGCUGCAGUGGUUUUAUCAGCUGUGUUGAAAAUUCUCAAAAAAAUGAUACUUCAAGCUUACCAUUUGUUGGUUUUAUUGAAAAAUAUCGAACAUUAGCCGAUGGAUGCGAUGUUAACAUACCAGUUUUGUUGUUAAUAUUUUGCGAAAAAGCUGUUACUCCGUUCUAUCUAGAAGAAAUGGGCGCAAAUAUCUCUCAACUGGAACGUGAUAUUGGAUCUGAUCAAUUCCCUCCCAAUGAGCACUACUUCGGAUUGGUUAAUUUUGGCAAUACCUGCUACAGCAAUUCGGUUCUCCAGGCACUCUACUUCUGUCGACCGUUCCGAGAGAAAGUUCUGGAGUACAAGGCGAAAAACAAGCGAACAAAAGAAACUUUACUGUCAUGCCUGGCGGACCUUUUCUACAGCAUUGCCACACAGAAGAAGAAAGUGGGCUCGAUAGCGCCCAAGAAAUUUAUAGCCAGAUUACGCAAGGAGAAAGAAGAAUUCGACAACUACAUGCAGCAGGAUGCGCAUGAGUUUCUCAAUUUUCUCAUAAAUCACAUCAAUGAAAUCAUUCUCGCUGAGCGUAAUCAAGCCAAGGUUGCUCCAGGAGCGACCAGCAAGAACGGUGUUGGCAUUGCCGGUCCAGGACCAAGCCUAAUGAAUGGAGACAACUCACAACAGCCGCAGGAACCUACUUGGGUGCAUGAAAUAUUCCAGGGAAUUCUAACGAGUGAAACACGUUGCCUGAACUGCGAAACCGUUAGCAGCAAGGAUGAGAACUUUUUUGACCUACAGGUGGACGUUGACCAGAAUACGAGCAUAACGCACUGUUUGCGAUGCUUUAGCAACACCGAAACUCUUUGCAGUGAUAACAAGUUCAAAUGCGACAACUGUUGCAGCUACCAAGAAGCGCAGAAACGCAUGCGAGUCAAAAAGUUACCGAUGAUAUUGGCUCUGCAUUUGAAGCGGUUCAAGUACAUGGAACAGUACAAUCGGCACAUUAAAGUUUCCCAUCGGGUGGUGUUUCCGCUAGAAUUAAGGCUGUUCAAUACGUCGGAUGAUGCUGUAAAUCCGGACCGUUUGUAUGAUCUGAUGGCCGUCGUCAUUCACUGUGGUUCCGGUCCCAAUCGCGGACAUUACAUCAGCAUUGUUAAAAGUCAUGGAUUUUGGUUGCUAUUUGACGAUGACAUGGUUGACAAAAUUGAAGCUUCUACUAUAGAAGAUUUCUACGGUUUAACGUCAGAUAUUCAGAAAUCUUCCGAAACGGGCUACAUCCUGUUCUAUCAGUCCCGCGACGCCACGUAGCGCGCCUAAGUUCAUUCAAACCAAUCAAACAGAAAAAUACCAUUGAUAUGUGUUGGUUAUUAAGAGAUGGUAAAAUUUAUUUAUUUUUUAUUGAACUAUUUUGUUGCGAAUCUGUAAUUAGUAAUGUGUAUUAUAGAAAUCAAGAAAAAAAAUUUAUCUAUAGCAAUGCAUUCUAUGACAGCAAGAAUAAACCAGUUUUUGACCCAACAUGAAGGUACCGUAAACGAGACACAGUGUAAUUUAGAUUUUUCAAUAAUUGAUCAAAUCGAUUCACAAACUAUUCCUAAAACAAUAAAAAAAGAUUUAAGUAAAAUAAAAUGCAUAAUAGCUUGCAAUCGUAGAGUUAGAAUUUACCAAUAUUUCGGCAACUGCUAUUACAAAGAAGCUAUGGUAAUUACCAUAGCUGGUAGAAUUAGACAGUUCUGGUCAAAUAAUCCUUUAAAUGCUAGCUAGCGCAAAUAAACUGGAACUGAUUGAAA